AUGGGUCCAGGUAAGGUGGCUGGCCAAUUGCGCCAAUCUCGUCCUGACCCAUUGUAUCAGGAAUGGCACUUGAACACGCAUACAAACUCUAGAGGAUCUAAAGGGGUUUGGUAUAGCAGGAAUAGGAGAGUAACAUCAUCAAGUGUGAAAAUAACCCUCUCUCUAUACCUAUCUCAUUAUUUUACAGAAUGUCAAAUUGGGACUUUCAAGUCAGAUAUCGGUAUAACUGAAUGUUCUCCAUGCCCUGCCAAGAGCCAUGCAGACACCGUAGCAGUUACAAGAUGUACCUGUAUACCAGAUUAUUAUCGAGCACCAGGAGAGGAAGCUGCUCAUCCCUGCACAGCACCCCCAUCUGCACCCACAUCCCUCACUGCCGUGGUCGACGAAAAAUCAUCCGUCGUCACAUUAACGUGGCGCAACCCCGAAAACCUUGGCGGCCGGACGGAUAUAGACUUCAGAAUCGAAUGUCAACGAUGUCCGGCCGAUGUCCAGUUCUCAUCCAUCCAGCGAAUAGGUCAGGGGUAUGAGGUCAAUGUGAGCAGGUUAUCAUCGCAUACGACGUAUGAGUUCAGGGUACAUUCUUACAAUGAGGUCUCCAGCCAGAGUACGGUGGAUAACUUUUCUGGCGUCAAUGCUACAACCUUCUCCUCAGUGCCUUCCGCUGUACGAGACCUGAAGGUAGUAGAGGAUGAUGUCAAUGAUGAUUCGAUCAAACUAAGAUGGCGCCAGCCUCUCUUUCCAAACGGUGAAAUCACAAACUAUCAGGUGAUUUACCGUACCAGCGCCGAGACCCAGGAGAAUGUCAAGUACCAUUACCAGGGUGUAACGGAUGGAGAGGUUCAGGAAACCACGGUGCACGGAUUGGUACCAGGAACAGAAUAUGUCUUUGAGGUUGCAGCCAAUACUGCGAGUGGGGUAGGUGCCUAUAGCCAACAAGUAUUAGCUACUACAUCAGGUUCUGGAGGUCAGUCUGUACCAACAGUCAUUCUAGCAGCAGCAGUAUCAGCCAUCUUUAUCAUUGUCGUCUUGGUAGCUGUUGUCAUCUUCCUUGUCUUCUGGAGAAGAAAAUCCCUGAAACAGUUGAGAAAGGGCUUGUCUCAUACAGGCCCCGACGCCUCCAAUACUCGAUGGAAGGCCAAGCAGCAAUUGUACUAUCAGAUAUCCACUCUACCUCCUAGGAAAAAGGAAGUACCCCCAUCAGAAAAUGGCCAUCUUAUAUAUGCUAAUGGCACAAAUGGUGAAGUUAUUCUACCACCUCACAUCAAGAAGGUCAAGACCUAUGUUGAUCCAUUCACCUAUGAGGAUCCUAACCAGGCUGUCAAGGAAUUUGCUACCGAGAUUGAUGCAUCGCAGAUCAGAAUCCUUGAAGUCAUUGGUGGAGGUGAGUUUGGAGAUGUUUGUAGUGGAAGGAUGCUUCUAGCAGACAAGACAACUAUCAAAGUAGCUGUCAAGACCUUAAAGACAGGUGCAACGGAGAAGGACAGGUCAGACUUCCUGUCAGAGGCCUCUAUUAUGGGUCAGUUUGACCAUCCUAAUGUUAUUAAACUUCUAGGCGUGGUCACGAGGACAAGACCAGCAAUGAUUGUGACAGAAUUCAUGGAGAACGGUUCGCUGGAUAAAUACUUACGGGAAAAUGAUGGACGAUUUACAGUGACCCAACUCUUAGGAAUGAUGCGUGGUAUCGGUUGUGGAAUGCGAUUCCUCUCAGAGAUGAACUUUGUUCAUCGUGACCUCGCUGCUCGCAACAUCCUGGUGAAUGAACAUCUUGUGUGCAAAGUAGCGGACUUUGGGCUGUCGAGACGCAAGGAGCUAGAUGGAGCCUAUGAAACAAGGGGUGGGAAGAUCCCUAUUAGGUGGACUGCUCCUGAAGCGAUCGGAUACAAGAAGUUCACGUCAGCCAGUGAUGUGUGGAGCCUUGGGGUAGUGAUGUGGGAGAUUAUGUCGUAUGGAGAAAGACCAUACUGGAAUUGGCCAAACCAAGAUGUAAUCAAAGCUGUUGAGAAGGGUUACAGAUUACCACCUCCUAUGGAAUGUCCUGAAGCUAUUCAUCAGCUCAUGUUAGACUGUUGGCAACGAGAUAGAAAUCACCGUCCAACCUUUGCCACUAUCGUCUCAACGCUGGACCGGCUCAUCAGAAAUCCCAGUGCACUCAGACCCCUCGCCAAAAAUGGGAGUCCACUUGGCCUCAGCUCUAGCCUCAACGAUCUGAGCCGCUUCAACUCUGUCUCUGAUUGGCUGGAUAGCCUCAAGAUGGGACGCUACAAGGAUUCCUUUAGUGCAGCAGGUUACGUCCGACUAGAAGACAUCGCCAGACUAUCACAGAGUGACCUACCAAGGUUAGGGGUCACUCUUGCUGGACAUCAAAAGAAAAUUAUGAAAGGCAUCCACUCCAUACGAGCUCAAUUAGAGCAAGCAGCAGAGACCUUGGUCUAACCUUUGACCCCCUGACCGUUCAACUCUGACCCAGCUAAACAGUUCAUUAAAAACUUUACAUGCAUAUAUUGAUGGAUGUGUUUGGCAAAUGGAUGUUUCCCCCUGGACUUUAUCAAAGCAUGAAGGGAGACAUCAUCACAAGCAACAGUUUUCUUGUAACUGUUCUUGAAAAGUCUCACUGUCUUCAACCCUUGAUGGUUGUGUCCAAGAUCUUGUCACAGGUCUUGUGUCUGAGUCUCACAUUGGUUCUCCAAGCCUUGUUCAUAAAUGACUUUAGAGACUUCUCUGAAGGAUCUUCUUGGAGUGGGUCAUAGUCACUCCUUGUACACCAAGAAUGCUGGAAGGUUCUUACAGGUCUGACGUCCAGAACACAGAGUCUCACAUCACGCCUCCAAGCUUCACUCCUAAAAGCCCUCAGAAAGUUCUUUGAAGGAGCUUCUGGAUGUCGGACACACCUUGUUGACUGAGCCAGCUGGAAGGUUCUACGCUAUGAAGACUUGAAAUAUGCCUGUUACAAUUGGACAAAAGCAGUUAGUACAAGAGAUAGACAAUUGCAAAUGUAUCUUGAAGCAUCAACCUAUGCCAUCAACAAUGUCACCAUAUUCAUGUAGAUAACUUUCAAAUCCAAAAUGCUGAAUCUUCCCGUAGUUUUUACGCAGCAUCCCAACAUUGAUUGCCUUGUCCAUCUUUUCCGCAAGUAUGGAUCGGGGCUUCAAUCAGAACUUCCUUCGCACCUGAUAUUUCUUUGUUCGCUGAUCGACUCCGAGUAAGCAAUGCAAUUGAAAAAAAUCCUAGAAAAUAUUAGUAAUGUGAAUGGAUCUACAGAAUGGUUUGAGCUUUGUAGUUUGUACUGUGACAGGUUUGAAAUGCUAUGAGUAUAAUGGGAAAUGGAAUUAGUCAGGAAAAUAUACUGUACUUGGCCGAUUGAGAGGACAAAUUCCAAAAUAUGAAUUGAAUUUCUCCAUGGUCUGAUACACGUAGAUUUUUCUCUAGAUGGAAGUCAAUUGGAGCGCACAGGAAUUCAAAGUAUUCAGAUAUGAAAUCAGAUUCAGAAAUUGCACUGCCAGUACGGAUUAGGGAAAUGAAAUCAUAUCACUCUACCGAGUCUAAAUACUGAGAGUUCUAAGAAAUAUAUACAUGUAUAUACACAACAUUCUUUACCUGGACUGAUUCCAAGUUAAAUCAAAGAAAAGAAAGAGAAAAUGAAGUAACUUAUUUUUAUAUCAUAUCCGAUGUUGAGAAGUGAUUGACUUACAAAUAUUGCUUUUAACGGCACAUCAGGUACACUAACAAACUUUCCCAAAUACCGUAUUUCAUUUUAUUUGACAAAGUUAAGAAGGCGUCUCAAUCCACAUACAUUGUUACAGGGUAUCUAUUAUGAAAGAUUUCUGCGACACCAAGUUGUGUUUGGUGGUAUUUUCAUCGUAGAAUGAGUAAUCAUUUGUCAAAAAUAGACUGACAUCUUGUCAAAUGUGACCGAAGUCAUUUUAAGUAUUUUGUUGAAUUCUAUUCACCCAAUAUUUAAGGUGAACUGACUAGAUACCCUUUUGAAAGUUAGAUAUACUUUCAUUUCUAAUGGUGUUGAAUUUAGUUUGACUAGUAAAUCUGAAAAGAUUUAUGUUCAAGUUUUGUGAAGUAAAGAAAAAACUCAAGUAAAGGACAAUCAUAGAUUAAGUAUUUGAAGCAUAAUAUACUUUGUGCUUAUAUUUUGUGAUUUGAUAUGUAUAUAGAGAGCUACUGUGAUAUAUGUUGAGAUGUAGAACUCUGCUUCAGAAAAUUAAUAUCGUUUUAAUUCUUUUCCCGCUUGUUGUAUUUUCAGUUAUUUUUUAACCAACUAAGUGGAAAGGCAUGAUGCUAUAUGGUUUAUUUGGGAAAUUUAAUAUUUUUGUUGUUUAAUCAUAUGUAUAAUUUGUUCAACUCAUGUUUGUGUGAGGGAAAUGUUUUAUAUUUGUGUGUUGAAAGUAUUCAAACACUGUUGUGUGAUGAAGGUAGUGCUAUUUCAUAACAGUUCAUAUGAAAAGAUACUAUUAUUCAUUCAAAGGAAAUUAAAAGUAUGAUUUUGUGCUAGAAUUAAAUUAAUUGAACAUGAUAUACCAAAUAUUUUAAUGUGCCAAUCUAAUGAUUGUUCUUGGUCUUUUUUUACAUGAAAUAAAAAUGUACAAGAUAAUUAUUUUCUUUUUAUU